AGAGGGAGGGGGGUCGUUCUCCUCACUUUAUCUUGACAGCGGUCAACAAAGAAAGGCUUCUCCAGGGGCCGACUGAAGGCUGCACGAUGCUGGUUGAGGACCGAGGAACCGGAACUGGAGCGGAAGCGCCCGUUGCACCUGAAACGAAAGUGACAAAUGCCAAGCGAGGCAUGGUAGUCCUCUCCACAGAUGAUGAGUGGUCCUCCCUGGUGUCCCUGCUCAGGGAGAGCACGGUGGACAAAGAGUUGACCUCACAGGGAUCCAAGCAGUUCUGCUUUGAAUUGGUUCUGGACAACCGCGUGGUCAGUCUGCACCGUGCCGAUCUCCUGCAAGACGCCACAGACGAGGUUGUUGGCCAGGCCGUGAACGGACACUUUGAGUCUUGCGCAGACGGGAUCGCCGCCUUCCUGCUCUUGAUCCGGGGUGGACUUUACACGGCGGGGCAAAUGCGCCUGGUGAAGCUCCUUCAAAUUCACUUUGGAGCUGAAGCCAUCAAGUACCUGGUGGUGGUCUCUUUGGAAGACGGGAAGACAGUGGACAUGCUGGACGACGCCCUAUUGGAGCUGAUAAAUGCCUGCGACGGACGCUACUGCCGCCUCACCGCGUCGGCGACCAGGGAAAAAGUCGGUGCCCUGGUCAGCAUGGUGAACUACUCGCUGGCCGAGAACAGCGGCGGCGGUGGCUACAGCCGGGCCAUGCUGUACGAGGACAAGCGCAGGAGCACCGAGGACAUGGCCAUUGAGCUGUUGAGACAGAAAGCGCGCGAGGCCGGGGAAAAAGCCAAGGUCUGCGGGCAGAUGUCGGUGCAGCGGGAGGAGCGCAGAGCCAAGGAAGUCGAGGAGCUUAGGGCCAAGCACGCCGAGGAAAGGCGUCAGGAGGCGACUGAGAGGAGGUGCUACGAGGCCAAGAAGGAGAGCCUGGAAGAGGCUGUGAUCAGCCACCAGGCCACCUUCCAACUCUACAACAAGCCCGAUGACGACGACCCAAGCAAGUUGUCCGUGGUGCUGCUGGGCCUGUCCGGCAGUGGUAAGACGUCGGCCCUCAACGUCAUCUCGGCGCAAGCGGGUAACCGCUACCCUGAUUCCGGGUAUGGCCGCGAGACCACCAAGCCCACCCUGUCGUGUGCCCGGCGGGAAAUCCGUGGGCCGGGCAGGAGGCUGGUUCUGGUGGACACUCCUGAGCUGUGGGACGAAGACGGCGUGGAGAAUUUGGAGAUGGUGAAGGACUGCGUGGCUCUGGCGCUCCCAGGGCCCCACAUCUACCUGCUGGUUCUCCAGGUGGGCCGCUUCACCCAAUGUGAAAGCCUGAUGCUGGCACACCUCCACAAGGUCUUUGGCAGGAACGCCUCGGAACAUGCAAUGGUGCUGUUCGUCCACAUGGAUCAGCAGCAGCCCAAGCGCUCUCAGAGGGUCCACCACUACGUGGCGGGGGCCCACGCGGCGCUCCGCGAGCUGCUCCGACGCUGCGGCAGCCGCUACUACGAGCUCAGCCUCGCCGCUCCCCACGACGCUCUGAGUUACCCCCAGGUAAGAGAGCUGAUGAUGGGCAUAGACAAGCUGGCGGCGGCCCACGGAGGACGGGGACACGUCAUCAAGAGGUUCUCGACACAGGAGCUCCAGGACAGGAAGAAAGUUAUGGCAGGCACCGAGGGAGCAGCCUGGGAGGACAAGUUCCUGCUCAUAGAGGAUUAAGUUGUAGCCAUUUUGUGGAUUUGAUUCGAUAUGUGUCAGAUAUGACCAUUAACAAACAAGACUGGCCUUUUGUGUCAUUGACAUUUAAUUGCUGCAUUUUCUCGUCUGCUCGUGCGACGAGACAACGUGAAAGCGUUAAGUGCUGCUAAUUAUGUGAGCGUUACUAUUGCAUGUUCAGGCGUCUGGCCCAAGGCCCAUGACGCCAUCGACCCACUCACUGUAGUGCGAGACGAUUGUGUAGAUGCCCGGUUUCUUGAUCUGGCCACACUUUUUGCCGCCGUUGGACGUGAUGCCGACCACCACGCCGUUGUAGAGGAGAGGACCGCCGGAGUCGCCCUAAAAACACGUGGCAAAAAUCAAUUCAAAAGUAAAGAGGUUAGAACUAUUUGGGGGGCGGGGGGGGGCGUUUCAUGUUGAGCUCUUUGUUUUCAUACAAUGACUUGCCAAACAACCGUCAUAAACCGUGAAAAUGAGGAAUUCCAAACACGAGAGCCGUUUUUGAUCUUAUCAAUCCAGUUUGUCCGUCCACUCACGUCACAGGAGUCCUCCAUUUUGUGCGGCUGGUUGCAAGGCUCCGGGCACAGCUUGUGAGCGCAUAUCAUGUUGGCAGUGAACUUCCUGCCAAAGUAGUCGCUCCGUCGGCAGCGGGUGGAGCUCACCACCCGGAUGAGCGCCUCCUGCAGCAUGUCGGGUCUGGAGCCCAGGUUGUCCAGGGAGCCCCAACCGGCCGUCUCCACCUCGGCAUCUGUGCCGGGGUCGAUGCCGCCGGCUCGCAGGAAGCCCACCGACUUGACCGACUCAGAGGCGUUGAACGGGCGGUCCAGCUAUGAUCGAAAUAACUCGGUUGGACCAUCGUGAGAGGGGAUUCUCCAGGAGGCGGGCUUACUUUGAUGAGAGCGAUGUCGUUGUCGUAGUUGUCCGGGUUGUACUGAGGGUGAUUGUGGAGCUCCAGGAUCUCAAACGUCUGUUUGGUGUCCUCAGCUUGACUCAGCGAGUGAACGCCCAGGACAACCUUUCUGCCGUUGGCUCUGUUCAGACGGAGACCCAGCAAUCCCAAAAUAAAAUAAAACAAAAUAAAUUAAAGUUAGUGCGGCUCGGUGGAGCACUGGCUAGCACGUCCACCUCACAGUAAGGAGGGUGCGGGUUCGAUUCCACCUCCGGCCCUCCCUGUGUGGAGUUUGCAUAUUCUCCCCGUGUCUGCGUGGGUUUUCUCCGGGCACUCCGGUUUCCUCCCACAUCCCCGCAAAACAUGCUUGGUAGGCCGAUUGAGCGCUCCAAAUUGCCCCUAGGUGUGAGUGCGUGUGCGUAUGGUUGUUUGUCUCUGUGUGCCCUGCGAUUGGCUGGCAACCGGUUCAGGGUGUCCCCCGCCUACUGCCCGAUGACAGCUGGGAUAGGCUCCGGCAAGCUCGCGACCCCCGUGGGGAUAAAGCGGUACAGAAAAUGGAUGGAUGGAUGGAAAAUAAAGUUCAAUACAAUUAAAUAAAGUCCUCCAUUUUUCUUUGACUAUGCCCAUUUCUAAACGUCGGUAUCGUGAUAUUAUUGGAAAAAUUCCCAGCCGAUCUUGUGGGUGCUUUUCAACUUUAAAGAAGUUGCAGAAUCUCACCCUGUGGGCAGACAGUGCACAGCCGUCAUAACCCACUGGUCGGCCACAGCGAAGCCUCCGCACUCGUGCUUCAUCCCAUCUCCCUCGGCCACUUGGAUGGAUGCCAUGUAAGGCCGAGAGUGGGCCGCUGCCUCCCUGCCCCCGAUGAUGCCCUCCCCU